GGAGAUUUAGCUCAUUUGUCUUCCUUCCUCCUUAUGAAUCGAAAACCCCACAAAGGAAAAAGGGAAAAAUCUUAUAAUUACACUACAGUUAAUCGCUUGUUUCCAAGAUUCAUGAUUAUUUAUUAACAUCAAUUAACAUCUCCGAGAAAUGAGAGGAUUAUUGAUCCCUCUGUUGUUCUUUCUCAUCUUGAUAUUAGCUGUAGUGUUUGGGGCUCCAUCCAGCUCAAAUAGCGCCGACCCGGAUCCGGGCCCCGAAAAUCCGCCAUUGUCAUUGACACGUAAACAUGAUACAGCAAUAGUGGCUGCUCCAGAUGGAACAGUGUAUUUGGUGGAGAUUGGCUCAGGAAAAGUCCUCUGGUCUUUCUCAUCCGGACCGUCAAUUUAUUCCUCAUAUCAACAAGUCCCUAAUGGUGACGGUGAAAAGCUCAAUGCCUCUGCUGAUGGCGAUAACUUUUAUAUAGAUUGCGGAGAAGACUGGGAACUCUACAUGCACGGAACUGGCCUAACAAAAGUGAAGCUCCCGCUAACUGCUGAAGAAUUUGUAAAGCGGACUCCAUUUGUAUCAGCUGGUGGUGGGGUUAUGUUAGGAUCAAAGAAAAGUGCUGUAUUCCUUGUUGAUGCUAAAACUGGAAAGGUUGUCCGAACUUUUAGAUCUGAUAACCUUCAGUCAGUUGGAGAGCAGGGUGAUGAAGAAAAUUCUAGUUUAACUAGGACCGACAUCAAACAAUGGCUACCUCCUACUCCUAUGGAUACAGAGGCUGUCGAGAAACCACUCUAUGUUACAAGAACUGACUACGCUUUGAAGUAUACCAGCGUGAAGACAGGAAAAGUUUUAUGGUAUCUAAUGUUUGCUGAUAUUGAAGCUUCCUUUCAGUGUGAUGGGAUUGAAAAUUUUUUGGGUGGAUUUCCACUCAAUAACAGGUUUCAACCAGGACAAGAUCUUGAUAUGAAGUUGCCGAUGCAUUGUCAGAAAAGACCUGUUGUCUACCGCAUCCGUGAUCGUAGUUCUUUGGAACCUCUUCUUAUAGCUAAUGGGCUGCAAGAUGCUCUUGCGGGAAGCCAAUUUCUCUCUUUGCCUGCUUCUGAUCAACAUGCUGUAGAGCCCCUGUACAACUUAUUAUCUCCUCUCAACAGCGAUGGGAAAGAAAUAAUACUCGCUCUUCCCACAUCUGAUCAUGUGGAAUCUACUAUUAGGAGUCUUCCUGGCAAUGCUGCUCCUCAGAUCAGUAGCCAUGUGGAAUCUGAUAGUCUAAAACCUCAUUUCUGGCUCUCUGUGCUAUGUUCCGCCUUGGUGCCAAUAACCAUGGCUUUUAUUUUCUGUGUUAGAGGUGCAGUUGCUAGGCGACAGGUUAAGUUAUACAAGCAUUCUGAAGACACCAAAUUGCAGAAUAUAACACCGAAAAGGAGAAAAGGUCGAAAAUCAGUAGUAAAUAAACAUAGUAUUGUUGUUCGGAAAAGUCACGAGGAUUAUUCUCAAAAUGACGCGGUUAGAGUCUCAGAGGGAACUAGAGAUGCUGAGACAACUUUCAGAUUGUUGCCACUGAACCCUUCUGAUGGAAUUAUCAAUUGUACAGAAGGGCGCAAGAUUGGCAAGCUGAUAGUCACUAACAAAGAAAUCGCAAAAGGAAGCAACGGAACAAUUGUACUUGAAGGAAAUUAUGAUGGCCGUUCGGUGGCUGUCAAACGUCUAGUCCGGACCCAUCAUAAUGUAGCUGUGAAAGAGAUCCAAAAUCUUAUUGCAUCUGAUCAGCAUCCAAACAUUGUCCGAUGGUAUGGAGUGGAAUAUGAUCAGGAUUUUAUCUAUCUCUGUCUGGAGCGCUGUACUUGUAGCUUACACGAGUUGAUCUCAUUCUGCACUUCUCAGAAUCUAAUACAUACCAGGGACCAUGAUCAAGAAUCUCCCACUCUCAUUCAUUUUAAUAUGCAAUUAUUGACGACUCUUGGAAGUAACAAGGAGCUUGACUUGUGGAAGGUUAAUGGAUAUCCGUCUGCAUUGUUGUUAAAAUUAAUGAGGGACAUCGUAUGCGGACUUGCCCAUCUGCAUGAACUGGGAAUUAUACAUCGUGACUUAAAGCCUCAAAACGUUCUUGUAAUUACAGAUCGAACAAUAUCUGCAAAGAUUUCAGAUAUGGGUAUCAGCAAGCACUUAGAUGGGGAUAUGUCAUCGUUAACCAAGCAUGCUACUGGAUCUGGUAGCUCAGGGUGGCAAGCCCCAGAACAAUUGCGUAACGAACGGCAAACACGUGCUGUGGAUUUAUUCAGUUUAGGCUGCAUUCUCUUUUUCUGCAUGACCGGAGGCAAACACCCGUUUGGCGAAAGUCUCGAACGUGAUGUGAACAUUGUUAAUGACCGGAAAGACCUCUUCUUAAUAGAUAAUAUCCCGGAAGCCACGCAUCUCGUCUCUCGACUUCUAGACCCCAACCCAGACUUGAGGCCAAAGGCAAUAGAAGUUAUACAUCAUCCUUUGUUUUGGGACUCCGAGAUGCGGCUAUCGUUCCUUCGAGAUGCUAGCGAUCGGGUCGAACUGGAGGACCGGGAGAACGGAUCUCAGCUACUGGAGGCAUUAGAAAAUAGGGGAAGAGCUGCUCUAGGUGGCAAGUGGGAUGAAAAGAUGGAUGUUGCGUUUAUAAAUGACAUCGGCCGCUACAGACGUUACAAGUUUGACAGUGUACGUGAUUUGUUACGCGUCAUAAGAAAUAAGUUGAAUCAUUACCGGGAACUCUCAAAAGAAAUUCAAGCAAUAUUAGGUCCGCUUCCCGAAGGAUUUUACUCUUAUUUUUCAACCCGAUUCCCUAAACUAUUGAUCGAGGUUUACCAAAUAUUUCUUAGCCAUUGUGCAGAAGAAGAAAUAUUUCACAAGUACUUUAAAAGUACUAGGUUCUAACUUCGACUUUGUUAUGUAAAAACCUUGUACCAAAAUUGUACAUGUAUAAAUUAUACGUCAUUCUACAUGCAAUAUACUUGUGGAUUGUUCAUAAUUCA